UCUAGUGUACCCUGGCGGGAACUCGAAGGCCUUGAGGAUCAAAUGGCGGGAAUCCUUCCCCUUUAUAAAGUCCUGAUUUGCAAGUAAAUUAGCAAAAUUGCAUUCAAAUUGCGAAUUGUCGAUUGCUUUUGCGUGCUCAAGUAGUGUAAGUAUCUUCCGAUUUGUCGUAUGGGAAAGGGAAAGAAGAAGGCUAGGGUUCCGGUGGAGAAUUUUGAAGAAGACGCCGAUUCCGAUGACGUUGAAAUGAAUGGAAAUGAAGAGAAUAUGAACGGAUCUUCUUCUAGCGAAAAGAGUCUUUAUGAGAUUCUUGGGGUUGAAACAACAGCAUCCCAGCAGGAAAUAAAGAAGGCAUAUUACAAGCUGGCUCUGCGUCUUCAUCCUGAUAAGAAUCCUGAUGAUGAGGAAGCAAAAGAGAAAUUUCAGCAGUUGCAAAAGGUGAUAUCAAUUCUUGGAGAUGAGGAGAAACGAGCUCUUUAUGAUCAGACUGGCAGUGUUGAUGAUGCUGACUUGGCAGGAGAUGUCGUUGAUAACUUGAAGGAGUUUUUCCGAGCUAUGCAUCCAAAGAUAACCGAGGCGGAUAUUGACAAGUUUGAAGCUAGUUAUAGAGGAUCUGAGUCGGAGAGGACAGACUUGAUUGAUCUAUACAAGAAGUAUAAGGGUAAAAUGAAGAGGCUCUUUUGCUCCAUGAUUUGCUCCGAUGUCAAAUUAGAUUCACAUCGCUUCAAAGAUAUGCUGGAUGAAGCUAUAGCAGCAGGGGAAAUAAAGUCGACCAAAGCAUAUGAGAAAUGGGCAAAGGAAGUGUCUGAAACAAAACCGCCUACAAGCCCAUUGAAACGUAGACAAAAAUCAAAGAAAGAACCAGACGAUUUGUUUGCUAUUAUUUCUCAGCGACAAAAUGAACGGAGGGGCAAAAUGAAUUCUAUGUUCUCAUCUUUGGCUAGCAAAUACGGUGGGGAUCCAUCAGCUACAGAGCCAAGUGAGGAAGAAUUCGAAGCUGCUCGAAGAAGACUGGAGGGUAAAAGGCAAUCUAAGCGAAACCUUUCGAGAAGCUCUCUAAAUGGCUAAACUAAAUCUGCUCAACAUCUUGGAAACUCAAAAACCAGACUUGUUAAUACAUGGUGUCAAGCAAUUAUGGGCUGCUGGGGUGGCUUCUUCCGUUGACAUCCCGGCUGUUAGAUUCUUCACUUCUUGUGCUCCUAUUUCAGUCACUUGUUUGUGAAACCAAAUGUGGAAUUCCCCUUACAAGCUCUUCGAUUACAUCCCUAUUUAACAUCGUGAAGACGAUGAUCCUGAAGAAUUUACAGGUGUGAUGCUACUAGACACGUCGAGAGAGAUGGAAGGUAAAUACAUCGACUAUAUGUCCGAAAUAAUCAAAUUUAAGGUCUUGCCAAUUGGUACACUAGUUCAACAUUCUAUGACUAGCGUAGAUGGAAACAUGGAAAUCAGAUUAUAUAUUGAAUAAGUAUGUUGUUAAA